CAGCCAAUCACAGUUGGUCUACGGUAUGUAAAUGGAAUAUUUUACGUUCAAAUCUUUCAUUAGAGCGAGAACAGCGCUGGUUCAGCUUCAGCGCCAAAACGUAACCAUGUAUUUUGCUAUGAUAAUUCUGAGUACAGCACUGCUGAUUCAGUCUCAGGAGGAACCUCGAUUGAUCUUUGUGAAAUCAGCAGGACUUGGAGAUAAUGUUACCCUUCAUUGUGAAGCUAAAGACAAGAAUGUUUAUUAUUUAUACUGGUACAAGCAAUCUCCUGGAUACUUUCCCCAAAUGGUUGCUUCGAAAUCGUAUGGAUCAAUUACAAUGAAGCCCCACUUUGAUUUAAGAUUCACAAUGGAAGAAGGUGCUUCUGACUUUAAUCUGAUCAUUCAAAACGUAACUAAAGGUGAUGAAGCUAAUUAUUUCUGUCGACAAUACUCACUUGACUCCUGGGACAAUUGCACCUUUCUGUCUGUCAAAGAUCACAAUGACCAGAGGUUUUUCUCCCAGACAGUGGUCCAACAGCCUGUUUCGGCAUCAGCUCAGCUGGGAGACCCUGUGGCUCUCCAGUGCUCUAUUACCUCCCAGAGGACGGACCACAGUAACCAGUGCCAAGGGGAACCCAGUGUGUACUGGUUCAGAUCAGGAUCAGGACCAUCUCACCCUGCUGCCAUUUACAUGAAUGGAAACAGGAGAGGUGAAUGUCAGAAUAGUUUUGGGCCUCCGUCUGCUCCACAGAGCUGUGUCUACACUCUCCCCAAGAACAAUGUAAACUCCUCUGAUGCUGGGACUUACUACUGUGCCCUGGCAGCAUGCGGGGAAAUUAUGUUUGGAAAUGGAACUACACUGGACAUAACAGAACCCGACCGACAUCUAGUGAACAUGAUGCUUGGAAUACUGUUGGCUUGCUGUCUGGCUGUGAUUAUAAUCCUGUUCCUAACCAGAAUUAAAAAGCAUAUUUUUGAGCAUCGCAAAGGAACAUUGAGUGCUUCCUACCAUGUUCCACGUGACUCAGUGAUUCAGGGAGAAGAGGACGGGGAAAAAGAUGGUUUGAACUAUGCAGCGUUGGAGUUCUCUGGCAGGAAAACCAAGGGAGGGAGGAAUAACAUUGAAAGGACUCAGGAGAGUGUGUAUUCUGCUGUGACAGAAACCUGCCAGUGAAGUCCAUCAACCUGGGAGUUUAUGUCACCUCAUGAGGCUAAAUGAGGUAGUAAUAGUAUUAAUCCAGACUCGUUUAUUGUCAUGAAUGCAUGCAGAUAGUUUAUUUUAUUUGGUAAUGUCAGUUCUUUUGGAUCAUAAACAUUGAAUUGCUAAUCAUUUGUGAUGCUGUCUUUUGUGUAAAAAAAUGCAACACUGUAAUCAAAUCUUGACAAUCUUCACAAAUUAACCCCCCUACUGAAGGGCCUACUACGGACUUCAGUGGGGGUUCAGUCCAUCUGUGCACGGCACCUGCUUGACAAUCAGGUGCGUCUGCAGCCAGAGGGGGCGCCAACAUGCCAAUUCCCCACAUAAAUGUGGAUGAUUUUUUCUUUUUUUUUACUGCUCGUGCCACCUUCAAUUCUUAACUCAUGUCGGCUGGGACAAACCUGCGAGUAUUUGAAAUAGCACAGUCGUCGAAUUCAUGUUAAGAUUAAUAUUGUAUAUUAUAUUAGCCUAUAUAAAGCUAUUUCAUUUCGUUUUAAUGCCAAGGAUGAACUGUAUUUCGAUUCAACGGCCCCCUAAAAGUUCUCCUCAUUUGUAAUACGUUUGACUGUAAAAUAUUAUUUGACCAGAAGAGGGCGACAUGUAACUGAGUUUGCCUUAAUCUAGUCCAAUAUUCCUCAAAAUACUUACAGCAGACCUACGAAUUACUACAAAUGUCAGGGAUGUUCGAAAAGAACCUCAAAAACGCUUAAUGACUGUGAGACACUUUUUAAUCAACAUCUUAGGCCUAAUUUCAUAGGUACGUCAUCACAUAUGAUGCGUUAUUUAUUUAGUUUGCAAACUUUGUAGCGCCUUCUUUAUGAGGCAUUGCUUAUUCAAAUAGUAGUAAGAGGUAGCAUUUAUUUUAUAUCUAUAGAAAUAAAAAUAAAAUCUUUGCGAUGAAUGUAUGUGUAAAAAACUGCAGUUCGGUCAGUUGAUUUUUGGACACCGGGGUUUGGAGGAACAAGGUUGGAAUCCAGCUCUUGUCACUUGUAGUGUAGAGCUGGCCACUGUGAGGUCAAAGACAUUGCAUUCAGAAUAGUAGGAAUAACCAACUUUUACUAUCUCAGACAAAUGUAGGCCGCGGCCAUACCACUAUUCAAUCAGACAUAAUAGUACCAUAUUAAAGUUCUGCUAUUUCAGUCUGCUGAUAGAUAUAGUCCUCAUUAAAACGAAUAUCUUCAAAAUAUGUUGAAUGCUUAAGGACGGCUAGUGCUCAUUUAAAAAAACUAACCCCACAUACCUUUUAUAUAACGUAAAUUUUCAUGUAGGACCUGUGAUUAUAUUUCUGACAUGGUAUGAUCUUUUUUUUUCUCUCCAGAAAACAGUGAAGAAGUGAUACUCUAAUAAUUCACUCAUUUAAUCUCUUUGGUUAGACUUAAUGUGAUUUGAUUGUGAUUUGAUUGUAUUAAAUAUACUAAAUUGUUUAAAUGGCAGCCUAAGGAGAGGCUGAGUGUGUUGAGUAAUCAGGCCACAGUAUAUGGGCUCCUCCAAACUAUAUUUUCAGAUUAAAUCUAAAGACUAUUAUCCACUUUCAUUUUAAAAUCAAUCCCUGAAUCUUUGUCUUCCUCUGAGUUUGCUGUGGAUUGGGGGAGAAUGGAUACUUGUUAAUACAGCACCCGAAGGUCACUGGCCCACACUCCUCUCCCUGCUACUUAAUUUCCCGGAAGAGCGUUCAUUCAGAGUGGGGAAACCUUUCCUCUGUUUCCUCCUCCUUUGUCUUACUCUUUCUUUCUUGCAAUCUUUUACUGCAAGCGUUUUUUCUGUGUGUGUAUGUUUCUCUCUCUCUCUCUCU